AAGUCCCCUUCGGCGCCCGCCCGCUCUGUGCUGGAGCUGGCAGCUCCCCUUGUCCCCGUUCUCACUCCCAUGCGGGCGGUGGGGACAACGGCACUCUGGGCAGCGCGGCCGCAGGCAGGUGGCUCCUCUCGGUAUGGCCUGGGGGCUCCCUGUCUGCUGAGCCCGCGCAGGUCCCGCCGGAGCUGCCCCGGGGUCCCAUGAGUUCAGAGCUGCCCCGCGCCUCGCCGCUCCGCGCCCUCUUUAAGAUGGAGCCGGCUCCAUCCGCCUCCGAGUUGCUGGUGGGAGCUUCCGAGUUCCUGAAAGAUCGAUUAUAUUUUGCUACUUUACGGAAUAAACCCAAAAGCACAGUAAAUACCCACUAUUUCUGUACUGAUGAGGAGCUGGUCUAUGAAAAUUUCUAUGCAGAUUUUGGACCUUUAAACUUGGCGAUGUUAUACAGAUACUGCUGCAAACUAAAUAAGAAGCUAAAGUCUUUCAGUCUAUCAAGAAAGAAAAUAGUCCACUAUACCAGUUUUGAUCAGCGGAAACGAGCAAAUGCAGCAUUUUUAAUAGGGUCAUAUGCAGUAAUUUACUUAAAGAAAACACCAGAAGAAGCAUACAGAGCACUUUUAUCUGGAUCUAAUCCACCAUAUCUUCCAUUUAGGGAUGCCUCAUUUGGGAACUGCACAUACAAUCUCACAAUCCUGGAUUGCUUGCAGGGAAUAAAAAAGGCCUUUCAGCAUGGAUUUUUUGAUUUUAAGACAUUUGACGUGGAUGAGUAUGAACACUAUGAGCGGGUAGAAAAUGGUGACUUCAACUGGAUUGUUCCAGGAAAAUUUUUAGCAUUUAGUGGACCUCAUCCAAAAACCAAAAUUGAAAAUGGUUAUCCUCUUCACGCACCUGAAGCCUACUUUCCCUAUUUCAGGAAGCAUAAUGUCACAUCAAUCAUAAGACUAAACAAAAAGAUCUAUGAGGCAAAACGUUUUACAGAUGCUGGCUUUGAGCAUUAUGACCUGUUCUUCAUAGAUGGAAGCACACCAAGUGACAAUAUAGUGCGACGGUUCUUGAACAUCUGCGAGAAUGCUGAAGGUGCUAUAGCUGUACACUGUAAAGCUGGUCUGGGGAGAACAGGAACAUUGAUAGCCUGUUACAUAAUGAAACACUACAGGUUCACACAUGCUGAAGUCAUUGGUUGGAUUAGAAUAUGUCGGCCAGGCUCUAUUAUAGGACCCCAGCAGCACUUUUUGGAAGAGAAGCAAGCAGCAUUGUGGAUCCAAGGAGACUUCUACCGAUCCAAACAGAAACAACAAUCAGCUGAUGAUGGACCUGUGAAUAAAAUUCUUUCUGGCUUGGAUGACCUUUCAAUCAGUGGGAGUUUUAGUAAAGUACAAAACUUGGAUCAAUGUGUGGAGAAUGACUUUGAAGACAAUGCAGAGUUGGAAUCUAAGAACGGCAUGACACAGGGAGACAAACUUCGUGCCUUAAAAAGUCAGAGACAGCCGCGAUCUGCUACAACUGGAGCUCUUAGGCUGGAAGAUAUGAAAUUGCACACCAGAUCAAUAUCACAACCUUUCAGAUUGAAUAGUUCAAGUAGUUCACAAGGGUCCAUGUCUCCUCUGAAGUCCUCCAAGGUGGCAGCAGCUGUUUCACCAUCUGCAAAGAGAAUAAGCAGAAGCCCUACGUCCUUAGGAUCUAAUUUAAAAAGCGUUUCCGUAAACUCCAGGCUAGGCAGUUCUCUAGGGAACCUGUAUGCCGCUUCAGAUGAUACAGAGAGCAAAAUGAUGUCAUCAUCCUCUAGGACAGGUUUUUCUGUAAACCAUAUCUCCAGUCAUUUGAAUGGCAGCUUGCAGCUGCCUACCAGAAAUUACCAUGAGCUGAACAACAACCUGUACAACAGAAGCAGCAAUAAUGGCACCAACCUCAACAGUCAUGCCAGUUCUCAUGGCACCGGGACAGAUGACGACUACAGCACCUACCAACCCUCCUUUAUGGGGUUAACUACUUCUCCGGCACGAUACCUGAGUCGUUCAAUUCCUGUAAGUUCACAGCCACAAAAGCCCUCUCAGGGACAUGACAGAAGCUUAUCUACCUUGCUUCUUCAGCCAAAACUAUCACAAAAAAACUCUUAA